GAACGAUCUCUGCACCCCAAUACAUGGCAGUGUCACCCCCCUGGUCUAGAUAUUUAUGGCGUAAGAAGUUAACAUGACCCACAUACCAAUAUUAAUGAUAUUUGAUGAUGAAUGGGAACAAGGGAAUCGACCGACGUCUAUGCGGAUGGCCAGGAGAACGCUUCGAGAUUCUUCUGAUCCUUUUGCGGUUCCAGAAAAUGAAUUCCGCAGUCUGUAUAGAGUAAUUGUGCGUUUAAGAUUAUCCAAAGAUGCAGUAUGGGCUUUAAUUGAUGAAUUGAGGCCGUUUAUGCCCGUGAAAAGGAGAAUUACAGCCAUUCCAAUUGAAUUACAGAUAUUAGUAGCCCUAAAUUUCAUGGCUACAGGGUCAUACCAAAGAAGAAUUGGGCAAGACUUUCUUACUUGUAUGUCCCAAGCCAUGAUUAGCAAAUCUCUUCAUGCGACUGUGAAUGGUCUGAAUCAGUUGAUGAAGAAGUGGAUUGCUUUCCCAGUAUCUGAUGCAAAACUUAAUGCAGUUAAACAAGGAUUUUUUGAAUUCUCAGCAUUUCCAGGAAUUAUUGGUGUAAUUGAUAGCACCCAUAUUGCUAUUGUUCCACCAGAAGCACAACGGGGUCAUUUAUUUAUCAACAGAAAACAGUAUCACUCAUUGAAUGUACUAGUCGUUUCAGAUUAUAAAGGUGAAAUACUGGCUGUGAAUGCAGCACAUGGUGGCAGAACACAUGACGCAAAAGUGUUUCAAUCUUCACGAUUGUUCGCUCAUUUGACCGAGCAAUAUGAAAAUGGUCGAAAAGGCUUAUGGCUUCUAGGUGAUUCCGCUUAUCCUUUACUUCCAUUCUUACUGACACCAAAGUUGGAUCAGCAAGAAGGAACUCCAGGUGCUAAAUACACAAAUCAUCAUAUUCGAGCUUGUGAAGCAGUAAAGAGAUGCCUCGGAGUAUUGAAAGGUCGAUGGCGAUGCUUAAGAAAAGAACGAGCAUUACAUUACCAACCAGAAUUUGCAGCCUUAAUUGUGAACGCAUGUUGUGUUUUAAACAAUAUUGCAAUCAGAUGGAGAAUUUCAGAAGAUGAAAUAUAUAUGGAUGAAAUAGAUACAGACCCACCAGAGCUUUAUGAAAAUAUUGAUAUGGAAAAUGGUGAGCAAGCACGAAAUCAAAUCAUCGAAUGGUAUUUCACUGAUUAAGUCAUUCUAAAUGGUCGAAACAAAGAAUGAGAAUGAUAAAUUAUGUAUAUUUUUAUCUACAUUUUAUAGCUUAUGAUAAGAUAACUGUAGAGGAAUUGUAAAUAUGGAUGUAAAUAUUAAUAAACAAUUGAACAUAAUAAAAA